CUAGUCUGCAGUAUUUCUAAUUUUAUUUGGGAAAAAGGCAGACUUUCUUAGCUGUCCAAAGCACGAACCUAUAGUUAUUUCCCUGAAAAGGAUCUGCUUCUUUUCUCUCUCUGUUAUUCAUCCAAUUAAGGUCAGUGGAAGCUUGCUUUGGAUCUCUAAUUAUAAUCAACUUUCUGCAACUACACUUACAUCAACCCAAUUCCAGGUUUCUUGAAAUCUGGUGUUAGAAAUGGCGAAUCGACUAAAAGAGGAUGAAAAAAAUGAACGCAUAAUUCGUGGACUUCUCAAACAUACAGAGAAUCGCAGAUGUAUCAACUGUAACAGUCUGGGACCUCAGUAUGUUUGCACAAACUUCUGGACAUUUGUUUGCACCACCUGUAGUGGAAUACACCGGGAGUUUACACAUCGAGUAAAAUCAGUAUCAAUGGCCAAAUUCACCUCACAAGAAGUUGCUGCCCUUCAAGAAGGAGGAAAUAAGCGUGCAAGGGAUAUUUAUUUUAAAGAAUGGGAUUCACAACGCCAGUCUCCCCCUGACAGCAGUAAUGUUGAGAGACUUCGAGACUUUAUAAAACAUGUCUAUGUGGAUAGAAGAUAUACUGGUGAGAGGAACUAUGGCAAGCCUCCAAGUAUGAAGAUGGAUAACAAAGAAGACUUCUCCGAGCAUAGGAAAACUGAUGCAUAUCAAGGAGGGUCUAGAAGUCCACCAUAUGAAGAUACACAUGAACAUCGGUACAAUGAAAGGUCUAGUCCUGGUGGAAGAAGUGAUGAUAAAUAUUCAAGAUAUAGUUAUGAUGAAAGAAGAAGUCCUGGAUAUGAUCAAGAAAGUCGACAGUAUAAUGAUUACAAAAGAAGUCCUUCUCGUCCAGAAGUUGUCAAUGAUUGGCGUCGAGAGGAUAGAUUUGGAAAUGGCAGGAAAGUGGAAGACCGAAGGAUAUCUGAUGGAGAUCCGAAACUUGAAGGCAGGUCACCUGAGCGGCCAAAAGAGGACACUUCCAGCCCCCCUAUGGUACGUCCUGUCAGAGAGAUUUUGGGAGAUAAUGUAGUACCUCUUCGUAUAAGUGAACCUCCUAAAUCCAAUGUUUCAAGGCCUGCUGAUGUCCCUGCUCCUACACAGCGAACUGCAUCUUCCAGUAGCUUGGGAUCUGCUACUGGGAAUCCAACGGAAGUGAAAUUGGAGAAUACUGGAAGCUUAAUUGAUUUUGAUGCAGAUCCUGAACCUCCUGCUGCCGCUUCAAUUUCUCAAGCAAUUGCGCAUUCUCCAAGUGCUACCAAUGACAACAAUUGGGCUUCUUUUGAUUUUGCCCCUGAGAAUAAAGCAUCUCAGGUUCCAAAAGCAAAUCCUCUGGAAUCUGUUCUCUCACAACUCUCAGUUCCAGUACCUGGACCUGGUCAUAUAUUGGGAUCACACAGUGGUGCUGGUGCUCCUGCAACAGCAGCUGUGGGCAAUCCAACAAAUGCUUCCCUUUUUGCAUCUGCAGGGAACACAUCGAUGUUGCCCUUCAAUUCUGUUGCUCCUGCAGCCACACCAGUUAAUAACUUGUCAAUAUUACAUGCUAGUGGUGUUUCAGCAACUGCCCCAAGAUUGGCACCUGCUAUGCCUGUUAAUGGUGGUCAUUCAUUUGCCAGUGUUACAGAAGCAGGGCAGUGGCCUAGUGUGCAGCAUCAGCAACCUUCUCUAUUCCCUGUUUCUACUGGUCAUUCUACUACUCAACAAUUUACCCCACCAUUAGCUUCAGGGAAUCAGACCUGGAAUGUGCCUCCUGCCUCAAAUGUGCAAGUGUCUUUGGCGACACCGUAUGCAGUAGCUCCUCAAAUUGUCUCAAAUCCUGCAUCAGGAGUCAUGUCUGCUGGUCUAUCACAACCAUCAGCUGUGGCAGUUAAACCAGCUGCAAGAAGAGAACUGCCUGCGGAUCUUUUUGCUGCUACAUAUUCACCUUAUCCUGCAGCAAUUCCAGGGUGGCCAUCUGGUCCAGCUCGUGGUAUGGGUUUUGCUGUGCAAUAUAAUAGUGUUCCAGCGUCUAUGCCAACUUUUCUCCAGCAACCUAAGUCAGCAAACCCUUUUGAUCUCAGUGAACCAGUUCAAGCCCAACAUUUUCCUUCAAUGACGCCCUUGCAUGCUGCUCUACCGAAUAUGCCACCUUCAGGCUUACAACAUACUUCCAGUCUUGGUACUCCCUCACCAGCAUGGAUGCUGCCCCAGUCAUCUCCUUAUCCACCAGCAUUGCCUUCCCAGGCACCACCUUAUUCGUCAUCUGUACCUCCAAGGGUAUAUGUAGCUCAACAAGCACCGAGUAGUAUGCCAUUUGCAGGGCAUCAAGUAGUAGGUGGCUUUGGCGGUGAUGGUGCUGCUUUUGGUGCCGUGAAUAUGGAUCAACAGGUGGCUGGUAGAUUCUCUGCCCCUCCAACCCCACAGCCUUUCUCUUCUGUUGGAGGAAAUCCUUUUGGAUGAAAGUAGAAGGUUUGUUCCUGCGACCCAAGUUCAGGGAAGCAUCUACUUGAUGCCCCAUGCCAUGCCGGUGGGUGGAGCUUAGUUCUGGUUUGAUAUAAUGUACUUUCUAUUGAUCCAGCCAAAUUAAAGAGUGCCCAUUGUUCAUCUGAUCAAUUGUCAGAGAAGCAUAGUUUAGAGAGAGGGAGAGGGAGAGGGAGAGGGAGAGGGAGUAACUACAAUUAAAAGUGUUUACACCAGCAUGGGGAUCUAAGUUUAACUUUCAUGCUGCUGUAGUGUUUAUAGAUAUUUUGCAUUGUUCAUUGGGUUGUCCGAGUGUUGUCUGCCGUUUCUUCAGGUUGUAUCAUUUUUUCAGUGUAUGGUUUUGUAAUCUCUUCCUCAUUCCGGUAAGCUUUUUUUGAGUCUGCUGAAGUUUAUGAAAUGAUCAUUACAGUACAGUUUGUGUGCACAUAUAUUUUUGGAAUAUUGAGAUGUUUUUCUGCAAGA